ACGAUCACGUUGUCAUCAAAUCAAAACACAUCACUUCACUUCACUUCCCUUCUCUCUCUCUCCGACGUACAUUUCCAUCUUAUUAGGGUUUCUUUCCAUGGAUUCCGAUUCUUGGAUUUCCACGCGCAUGUCGUCCUCUUCACGCCGCUAUCAUUCGCGAUCUGAUCUGUACGUGGAGGAGAGUGAAGGGAGCGAUGAUUUCAGGGCGGAGUUUCUGUGCCCUUUCUGCGCCGAGGAUUACGACGUCGUUUCCCUCUGCUGCCACAUUGACGACCACCACCCUAUCCAAGCCAAAAACGGGGUGUGUCCCAUUUGUGGGAAGAAGGUGGGAUUGGAUCUCGUUGGACAUAUUACUACGCAACAUGGGAACUUCUUGAGGGUGCAGCGUAAAAGGAGGGUCAGGAAAGUAGGCUCUGGUUCAACAAUGUCUAUAUUGAGAAAAGAGUUACGAGAAGGAGCCUUGCAGUCCCUUCUUGGAGGUUCUUCAUACUUAGCUUCCUGCAAUUCUGAGCCUGAUCCUCUGUUAUCAUCUUUUAUGUUUAACCCAGCUGUAACUGAUGAUUCUGCGAGUGCAAAACCUCCUUCUGUUGAAGAUGCUCUAGUAAAAGAAAGUUCAAAAGACGAUUUCUUGGAAAGAAAACCUCAACAGUUACAGCUGUCAGAAGAAGAUCAAGUAGAGAAGGCUCGGAGGUUUGAAUUCGUGCAAGGACUUCUGAUGUCCACCAUUCUUGAUGAUAUGUUAUGACUGCAUCUGUAGCUCAUAUGCCAUUAUUGUAUUAGGAGCUGGAGCUAUAAGCAAGAGAAAGAGAGAGUUAUGCAAAAUGAUACGAAGUGGUAGUAGCUGCAUCGGAUAAAAUAUGCAAUUUGUCUAUAGUUAUGUUCAUAAAAUGCAACCUUUUUUUAUAUCCUGCCUGUGUUCUAUGUUAGUUCCAAAUAAUCAAUGGAAAUAAAAUUCGUUUCACGAGCAUGGGAACAGCAGAAUUCGUAGACCAUUUUUCUGUUUUUUUUAGGUUUGUCUUCUAGAAUUUAGUCGAUGACCCAUGUAUAUAAAAAGUGUGAGAGUGCUCGAGUGUUGUCAAUUUGAGCUAGUCUUCUGCACCAAUUGGUUGAAUUUUCGUAUGGAGCUUGACGAGAAGAGUUGUUGUUGGGACCAA